AGUAGUGAAGCUGUAAAGCUCCUCUAUAGGUCUGACUGUGAUUCGCUCAUUGGUCGCAGAACUGUCAGCAGCUCGAGCGACUGCUCACUCACGGCUCUUUGUGAUGUUCCCUCAUCUCGACUUGUUAGGUUUUGCUCCUCUGUCAACACCGUGUCCGACGAGACAGUUUGACUGAGUUUACUUUUACGCGCUUGUGAGAAAAGCAGGAGAACUUUACGGAUUGCAACGUUUUUUUUAUUUCCAUGGUAUACUACGAACAUUUACGGAAGAAAAAGCAGCUGCGAUGGACGCCCCACAAUUGGUUUUAUUGGUUUUAUUGGUUUCACCAUUGAGCUCCUUGUUUUCUCCGGUUGGUGCUAUUCAGAUGUGUGAUGUGGUAAAUGAGAUUGAGCUGGCAAGAGAGCGGUGCGAGAAUAAAACAGCAGGAAACGUCACAUCAGGCUGCAAAGGGAUGUGGGAUAUUAUUGCUUGCUGGCCAUCAGCCAAAGUUGGGGAACAUGUGGUUAUUCCCUGUCCAAAUUAUUUCAGACACUUCUCUGAUCAUCAUGAAGGUAACCUCUCAAAGACCUGUACUGCUGAUGGCUGGACCGAGAUGGACCCGAUGGAAAUCGCAAUACAUUGUGGUUAUAAUCUGAAUGGCACUGUUGACGAUGAUAGUUUCUUUAGGUCGGUGAAGAUCGGCUACACCAUCGGGCACAGUGUUUCUCUCAUCUCUCUCACCACUGCCAUUGUCAUACUUUGUAUAUUCAGGAAACUCCACUGCACGCGGAACUACAUCCACAUGCACCUAUUUGUGUCCUUCAUUCUGAAAGCCAUCGCCGUCUUUGUCAAAGAUGCGGUGCUCUACGAUGUUAUUCAAGAGUCUGACAACUGCUCCACUGGUUCUAUGAACUUUAUCCUCUUCAUUUGUAUCAUUCGUAUACUGCGGCAGAAGAUCAACUGUCCUGACAUUGGGAGAAAUGAAUCAAACCAAUAUUCGAGGCUGGCAAAAUCCACACUUUUGUUGAUUCCACUCUUUGGGAUAAACUUCAUCAUAUUCGCUUUCAUUCCUGAGAACAUAAAAACUGAGCUAAGACUCGUGUUUGACCUCAUUCUUGGGUCAUUUCAGGGUUUUGUGGUUGCUGUGCUCUACUGUUUCCUGAAUGGAGAGGUCCAAGCUGAGAUCAAGAGGAAAUGGAGGCGAUGGCACCUCGAAAGGUUUCUGGGUCCUGACACCAAAUACCAGCACCCAUCCAUGGGCAGCAACGGCAACAACUUCAGCACGCAGAUCUCCAUGCUGACUCGCUGCAGCCCCAAGACUCGCCGCGCAUCCGCAUGUCAAGAUGAGACGUCCAUCACAGUCUAACUUGGCUUCUAUAAUGAUGUGGUAUUGUCACCAGAAUGAGACCGUGAGAGGACAUGAAGAUGUCCAGGAAGUGUUCUAGUGAAAUGCAGUUCUGACCUUCAGAGAGAUGAGCUACUAAACCGUACAUUUGCUGAAAAUAGCGCAAUUUGUUUCCAUAGGAGUCAUCAGUGAGGUUCUUGUAUGAAAAACACAAUAUCGGACAGGCACAGGUCAUCUUCUGCAACACAUAAAACCUGUAAAUAAAGCCACAGUGAUCUUCUGGAGAGCAGCGAGAUCGUAGUUUUGCUGUCAUUUUGUGCCAACUCGGCUCUGCAGGGACACAGAAGCAACAGCAUCAUCAAGAAUGACUGAUGAUACGCUGCUGGAAAAAGAGGUUAGGGAUUCUUUGCCUGGACUGCUCAUAUAUUUUGCUUAUGAGGUAAGUAAAAAAAAA